AGAGGAGGGGGAGAGUCAGCGAGUGAAAGUAGGCUUUUUCUGGCGAUAUUAGCUAAACAGUAACUCUAGUCCCCGGACUUAAACCAUAACACCUACAAAGUAGGAUUUCUAAUGUUUAUAAAGAAGAAUAAUAGACUUAGAGGGGUUUUAGUCGUCAGCUGUUCUGUUUCUAAGUUUUUUUCUCCCCCCUUUCCAAACUCCGAGGCUCCAUCUUGCCUUUUGAUUGACCGCAACAUAUAUGUUUUUUUUCUGGGUGCGGAAUUUUUCCCCCUGCUGGAAAGAAAUAAAGCAACAGUGGAAGGUUGGGAAAGAAAAAGGCACGGCGGAAAAUAAAAACAGCGGUGAAGGAGAAAGUAUCAUAACAGGAGCUUCGCGGGAAAAGUGGGGGGACAGGUUGGAAAAAGAGCAAGAAGAAACUGAGCAAGUGGGGAAGGAGACUUGCCUUAUACCUUUUGGAGUCCGUUCAUUUUCUUGACAGCGAGCUUCAAAUUAAAAGGGGGACCCACCAUGACAUCAGAAAUGCAGGAAAUUGCCAUCACAGAGGAGAAGCCUUUACUCACGGGUCAGGCUGAUGCUGCCAAGGACGUUGCUGAACUGGCUGCAAGGAUACUCCUCGAUCAAGGACAGGACCACAGCGUUGAGACCCCGCACGGCGUCCUGCGCGUGACCCUCCACGGGACGCGGACCACCCGCCGGCCCGCCAUCCUGACCUGCCAUGACGUGGGUCUGGACAGUAAGAGCUGCUUCUCUCCUCUGUUUAAAUUCGACGAGAUGCAGGAGAUCGUCAAGAACUUCACCCUGAUCCACAUCGACGCUCCGGGCCAAGAGGAGGGGGCCUCUGCCUACCCUCCAGGCUACCAGUACCCCUCCAUGGAGACCAUCGCCGAGAUGAUCCCUGCUGUGCUGCAGUUUUUCAACUUCCGUACCGUCAUUGGAGUGGGGGUGGGAGCAGGAGCGUACAUCCUCUCCAAGUUCACACUCACUAACCCAGACUCAGUAGAGGGCCUGGUUCUGAUUAACAUCGACACUAACGCUAAAGGAUGGAUGGACUGGGCCGCUCACAAGCUCAGUGCUGUAACUUCCUCCCUCCCAGAGCAGAUCCUAAGCCACCUUUUCAGUCAGGAGGAACUUUCAGCAAACACAGACUUGGUGCAGUCUCACAGAGAGCGGAUCUCCAAAGCUCCUAAUCUGGCCAACAUCGAGCUCUUCUGGAAGACGUACAACAGCCGCAGAGAUCUGAACCUGGACCGCAACUAUACCUUCAAGUGUCCAGUGAUGUUAGUAGUUGGGGAUCAAGCUCCGUACGAAGAUGCUGCUGUGGAGUGCAACAGCAAGCUGGACCCCACAUCAACUUCCUUCCUGAAGAUGGCCGACGCAGGCGGCCUCCCUCAGCUCACUCAGCCUGCUAAACUCACCGAGGCUUUCAAAUAUUUCAUCCAAGGAAUGGGUUAUAUGGCUUCCUCUUGCAUGACCCGCCUGUCCCGCUCCCGCACCACCUCGCUCUCCUCCUCCUACUCCAUGGACGGGUCCCGCUCUCGCUCGCGCACCCUGUCCCAGGGCUCGCAGGGGGGCCAGAUGCCGCCCAGCCCCUCCCAAACCAUGGAGGUCUCCUGCUGAAGAAGACUCCGCCCCCCUCCCACCACCUCACGACGGCGAGAGCAGAGAGCGACAAAGGAAAGAAGGGAAAGAGGUGACGCGUGAACGCAAAGAAAACGAGACGGCUUUCUCUAUCGGUCAAUACACGACUCCCACCAUCCCCCCCCUGCAAGGGCAGACAGAGAGAGAGAGGGCCUGUCCUCCAUGUUGGUCCAACACAAAUGCAGUCUUUCAGCUAGAAUAGAUUAAAAAGAACCAGGAAGGAGCUGCAGAACGGGAAGCAGUCCUCUCUCCCUCUGUCAGCCUGUAGACCCCUUUAACCUAGAUCCAGAGUGUGGCAUGUAGAAGCUGCACUCAUCACCUUUAACCCGUAGAAACGCGUCAGGAAGCAGAAUUGACGACGACGAUGAUGAUGCUGAAGCUAUUGAUGAUGUAAUAGGAAAAAAAACUGUAACACUUUUCUCUUUAUUACAUGAUUUUAAUAUUAUAUAGAAUAAAAAAAACUACUAUAGCAGAGAUACUUACUACAAUGUGUGUGUCCACUACUUUGACUGCUAGUUUCUAAUGUGUUUUUAUUUUAUUUUUUCUGAUUUGCAACCUGUCUCCACUGAUGGCUGAAGCAGUCAGCAAGAGACAUUCUAGCAACAUGUGCAUCUCAAAAAAAAAAAAGUUUAACAUAAUUAAAAAAUGAAUUUAUUUCAGUUUUGCUCAAAAACUGAAACUCGCGUAUUAUAUAUAUUGAGGCUUUAAAUUUCAGUGAUGUAUUUCAAGCCCUUAAUUCUGUUCGCGUUGAUGAUUGUGGCUUACAGUUGAUGAAAACACAAAAUUCUAUUUCUUAGAAAAUAAAAGCCAUUGAAAUAAAGAUUUUUUUAUAUAUAUAUAGAUGAAUAUUAGUUCAGUGUUCUGUAUGUACUGCUGCGGUGCACUUUAUUAUUAUUUUUUAGGAAUUACUUUAUGGAUAUCUCUGUGGAAAAACUGGGCAACUAUCAUGUCAGCAGCUGUCCACAUGAUUAGGUAUUUUAUCAUUUGGGUAAAAUCCAACUAUUCUGUAUUAAAAAUGUAUUUUUAUUGAUCUUAUGUUCAAGUUUUCUGAGGAACAUAAUUUUUGGGUUUUCAUUGACUGUAGGCCUUAAUCAACAGAAAUAACGAUUUGAAAUAUAUUACUAUAUAUGUAACGAGUCUGUAUGACUAGUUUCAGUUUUUGAAUUGAAUAACAGAAAUAAAUUAACUUUUUAAUGGCUUCCAGAUUUUAUUUUUUUGUUGUUGUUGAGAUAAACAUGUUUUUCCUCCUUGAUGUUGCCACGUUUUGUUUUUUGUUUUUUUUUGUCUUCCACUCAUCCCGUCCUCAAAGUUUUACUUUGUUCAUCUUUUUUUUUAAUGGGAUUUAAAGAGGUUGAAAGUUGUAAUUUUUUUUUAAUUUAUUCUCCUGAAUCUGCAUGCCUGGUCUCACCCCACGUGAAUACUGACUGGAUAUUUUUCUUUUAUGUUCUGCUAAUAACUUGUGUUUGUUUGUUUGUGUCGUUUUGAGUUUGGAGCGACAGUCUGAAGGACGUUCGUGGGUGGGGUGUUGUCUGCUUCAGCUAGAGCUUUAGGCGCUGUCGUCAACUCGAGUCGCACAUUUCUAAACUAGAGCUUCCAACCUUUCUGGCCGCGUGUCGAACCACCCGUGACGUCUGCCGAGGCCAGAAGGGAUCACUGUGUUCACCGUGUGGGUUGUGGUUCUUGUUUCUCUCGCUUUUUUUUUUUUUUUUUGCUUUUCUUAUCCUCCAUACCAAUUUUAUUCGGGAACUAGAGAUUGACGAAUUCCCUGUAGGAAAAAUCAACUGGACAGCCCUCCGUAUCCCCACGGGGAAACUGGAAGCAAAUCCGUCACGACUUGUAAGGUGGACUCAAUAUGGCCGCUCCUCGAAUCAAGCUUGGAAACGUGUUCAUUUUAGGAAACACACAGGUAAGACUGCGUCGCAGCUUAGAGAUGCGUGUGCGAACAAAUCAAAAGUGGUGUUUGAUUGUAGAGCGUAAAACUUAAAUGAAUGUUUGUAGUUAAUGCUAACGAUGUUUAUGGGCGUCGCCAUGUUGAAAUUCCAACUUCCUAACUCGAACGCUGUUACCUCUGGUCUGACGUCAAACCCAACACCGAGUUUCAACUUCGUAGGUCACCUGAACGCAGCAUUUCAUUACUUGUACGUGGAUAUCUCGAAAUAGACGCAACCGGCUUACUUGAGGCGGAAUAAAAACCACACUCCUCAGUAAUAGAAGCAGCUUUUAUUUAAGUUGGGCAGUUGCUUGUGUGUUUGCUUGUCGCGCGGAAGUGGAUAGGAAGUGUUAGCGUCCGGUUUGUAUAUUUAACUUAGCUAAGUAGGAGGACGAAAAUGGAAAGCAAGAGGAUGCUUUUUUCUCUCUCCUUUUUUAACAGAACAAAACCUCAGUUAAACAGCCCCCCCACUGCCAAAACAAGCCAAAUGAAAACCGCCUGAACCUUGAAUUGUCCUGUUACAGCUAGGAAGUAACAGCCAACUGCCAAAUUUCAGCGCCUCGUUUAUCUGGUGUCUCUGAUCUCCCUCUAAACUUUAAUAUUUCAACACAAAGCUGUCCACUGCCCCGUGCCAUGUUUCCAAUAGCCUGACUAUAUUUCUGAAAAAGAAAAAGAGCCUGUAUGUGGCUGCGGCCAUGAACGUUUUCACAUUUUUAAACCAUAAGAUUUGAAUGAGUCGGGUGGAGACGGCCUGUUUCGUGUUUGUGUGAUCCGGUUCUACUUAUCCAGCGCUUUUUAAAAAGAGGCCGAGCCGUGAUUGGUGAGCAUGACGGGGGAAAGUCCGUGGAAAGCUUUAAGAUGGAGGUUAUAAUGGCAGGAAGUGGAAACCAGAGAAAAAUGUAACAUGGAUUCAGGGUGUUGUUGGUUUUGAGGCAGGUUCUGAUUUCAGGAAAUCGAAAGGGUUUCAGGAGGAAAAGGUCCAGCGGUACUUCUUUCUAAAGAGUUGAGCAGGGAUGUGUGAUUGUAAAUGCUUGUCCAUGUUGUCUUCUGUCUGACUCUUAAUUUGUACUUCAAUCUGUUUUUUCCUCUUCUACGUCUUUUUUAUUUUAUUUUUUUUUAUCUGUGUGAAGUGUUAGUUUAAUGUCCCGACGUGCUCACAAGUUAGUUAACCGUGUGCUAGUUCUUGUGUAACUUUUUUAGCAUUAGCGCGUAUAAGGGAGAGUAAUAUAAUUAACAAUUAAAAGAUCAAAAGUAAAAAAACUACAAAAAAAUAACUGAAAUUUACUGGUGUGACUCAUUUCCCUGUGUAAUACAAUGAACAUCCUUAAAAAGCAAACUUAAAUAUCAAUAAAAGCUUAAAGAGGAA